AUGUCAUCCUCAUCGUACGACCGCACAAGCGCACCCUCAACGUCAGCGGCAGUCCAAGCCAAGCCUGUGCGAUACAGCGGCCCCUCGUCGUCGCCAAACGGCGGCGCACAUCUACCAAGCGUCUCGCCCUCUUCGCCAAGAAGUCCCAUUGCAAAGCACCGGCUCUCCAAGAGUGGGUCCCACCCCAAGCUUGGGGCCGUAGAACAGUGUGCUGCAACACCUCAAAACGAGGAAAACCCACAUGAGAGAUUUGUAGGGGAGGUGGACUUGCCUGAGUACCAAGAGCCAUUACUUACAGAGACUACUCGUCGCUUCGUUCUCUUCCCAAUACAGUACGACGAGAUAUGGCAAAUGUACAAGACCGCUCAAGCAUCCUUCUGGACGGUCGAGGAGAUAAACCUCUCCUAUGACCUUAUGGACUGGAGCGACAAGCUGAAUGACAACGAACGGCACUUCAUCUCUUACGUCCUCGCCUUCUUCGCCGCCUCAGACGGUAUCGUCAACGAAAACCUCGUCGAGCGGUUCUCCAACGAGGUGCAAGCCGCCGAGGCUCGUUGCUUCUACGGCUUUCAAAUCAUGAUGGAGAACGUACACUCCGAAACGUAUUCGCUGCUCAUCGACACCUACAUCCGCGACCCCGCGGCCCGCGCCUUCCUCUUCGACGCUAUCGAUACCAUUCCGUGCAUCAAGAAGAAGGCGGACUGGGCGCUGCGCUGGAUUGCAGACGAGCGCUCCGCGUUCACCGAGCGACUCGUCGCGUUCGCCGCGGUCGAGGGCAUCUUCUUCUCCGGGUCGUUCGCCGCUAUCUUUUGGCUGAAGAAGCGCGGCCUCAUGCCGGGGCUCACGUUCUCGAACGAGCUCAUCAGCCGCGACGAGGGCAUGCACACGGACUUUGCCUGCUUGCUGUUUCACCACCUCCGCCGCCGGGCGCACCCCAACCGGGUGCUGAAGAUUAUUAUCGAGGCGGUUGAUAUCGAGAAGGAGUUCCUCACAGAGGCACUACCAGUAUCCCUUAUCGGCAUGAACGCCGACCUCAUGUGCCAGUACAUCGAGUUCGUCGCAGACCGGCUGCUCGUCGCGCUCGGCAGCGAGAAACACUACCGCGCGACGAACCCGUUCGACUUCAUGGACAUGAUUUCGCUCACUGGCAAGACGAACUUCUUCGAGAAGCGCGUGUCCGAGUACUCCAUGGCCGGUUUCCAGCGCGGCGGCGCGCAGGACGGGCCUGGUCAGCCGCCCGCGGAGGGGCCUGCCAGCCGUCUCUUCACCAUGGACGAAGAUUUUUGAGACUAAUGAUCGCAUGUAUGCUAUAUCUUAUUCCUACUCCUAGUCAUAAGACCACACUACCC